GCUGGCAUCGGAGAGUACACCGCAGUACUGCUGUGGUGGCAGAACAUGGAUCGAUAGGGAACGUGCCUUGUACCGUCACACGAACGUCGCUUCGCUGGCAUAGGAAGUACUGCUGUAGACGUACCACAGCCAGGGAAAAACGGCGUACGCUCUGGUUUCGCUUGCACACUUUCCAAACGCGCGGGCACCUACGCGGCACACCACGGCUGUUCAUAUGUUGUGGUAUUGCUGCACGCAGCAACUACAAUGGGUGACCCUCAUCGCUCCGUCCAAGUACCCGGCGAACAGCGAGGACACUGCUUUCUCGAGGACGCUUGAGAGCGUGCGCAAGGACGUUGAGUGCUUUUUCGAUAUCCUGAAGGGGCGUUUCAGGAUCCUCAAGCUCCGCCUCGGGUACCGCUCCAAGGAAGACAUCGACAACAUCUUCUCCACCUGCUGCAUCCUGCACAACAUGCUUCACACCUUCGACGGCAUGGACGUGUUCGAGGAAGAUGUCGACUGGGUGGGGAGCGCUGGCCUGCACGACCCCUGGGACCAUGACCCACUGACAGACUUCACGUCUAUCGGAUCGACCGGGAAGCUUUCGGAGAAGGAGGGAGGGGAGGGGGGGGAGGAAAGCAGCGAGACGAUCGACCAACACCCGGCGCACAGAGAGCUCAAGAAACAGCUAAUCGAGAGCUUCUCUUACCGGAAGAGACACAACGACAUUACAUGGCUUUCUAGGCCCACGUGAGCCUUCUUUUUGCUACCACGCCGCUGCCUCGGGUAUCUGUUGCAAGCCGUUUGUUUGUUUUCGCUACACGCGGUGUUUAGUAAGACGUUCCCGCCUUGAAGAUGGUGUUGUCGCGUGGGUUGUUUCAUAUUUUCGCUGUGCUGUCUUGCACCUGUCGGACAUGGGGUACUCUUGUAUUUGUCUGCAAGAGGGACUCUGUGCGUGUCCGUGCGUGUGGCGUUUGUGUGUUCGAGUUUCAGAUUGCCUUGUUAUUUAUCGGUGCCACGGGCAUUUGACCAGCUUCGGUUCCAACCAAAAUUCUUGGUGCACC